AUGGCAUCCUGUUUCCCCAGAACAUACUCGAACAGGAUCUGUUUACAGAAACUGACCGAGUCUCGCAUUUUUACAAAUGCCGCAUCUUCAUAUCCACUCGAUGACUUCCGCGCUCACCCGUUAUACCGAGAAUAUGGCUUUGCGCAAGCAGGGCCUCGAGGACGUUUGGUGAACCCAUCGGGCGUGCUUUUUAAAGCCGCUUGA